AUGGCCGGCAUAAUAUUCUCGCUUGUAGUUUAUCAGAGGAUGAUAUCUAUAGAGAAGGCUGCGUUGUAUAUCGUCGCCCAGGUCAUAGGGGCGAUAUGCGGCGCCUGCUACGCGAGGCUCGUGAGCAAUUGGGACCUCUACGACGCGGGCGGCAAAGGAGUCAAUCACGUCCUAGAUGGACACGCCCUGUGGCAAGCCCUGUUGGCGGAGAUACUGGCGACGGCUUUCCUCGUAACGGUCGUGCUCAACACUUCCUACGCCGCUACCAAGUUGUACGGACACGCUCCCAUCGCUAUCGGUGGCGCGGUCCUGGUCUGUCAUCUGGCACUCCUUCCCUUAGACGGCUGCUCUAUAAACGUCGCGAGAUCCCUCGGAACGGCGGUCGCAUCCGGGAGCAACGAUCGGAAACAAUGGACUCACAUCUGGGUCUUCAUCGUCGGCCCUCUACUGGGAGGAGUCCUAGCCGGGCUCAACCCUCUCUGGGUCGAUCGCACGCUCGAACCCACUACCCACGUUCCAGCACCCGCGCCAGCUCUGACGGCAUGA